UUUCUGGUUCUAUUAAAUUCUAUUUUGGUCAUUUUAUUAAUUGCAUUUUUAUGGGCAAAGUCAUAUUGUUUCAAAGCUUAACAAAGACUAGUGCCUUAUAAAACCCCCAGAAAGCAAGGCAGUAAUAUUAAAGGUAAUAUUGAAAUUUAUUGUUUAAUUAUAUUACAAUGAUUAUAAUUACUUUCAGUAACAAUGGGUCAAUGAAAUGAAUCAUUUUUACAUGGGCAAUGACAGUGGAAUGUUUUGUAGAUUUGAAGGUGCCUAUAAAGAAACUGAGUUUCAAAAAUAGACCUCCUCAAUAAAGUUGGUGAGCUUGUGAGUUUAGAUCACACUUCAGAUCACAGAUUUGUGCCUGAGAGAAACCUCAAGAUAGUUCAGUUUAGAAAAAACAUUUCCUGAACUGGAAAUUAGCUAAUCGUGCAAACCAGACUAGUCUAAAAAUAAAAUUUAGAAAACAUGUCUUAUUUUAUUGAUGCAAGAUAGCCUAAAAUGAAUGGGUUUAUUAGAUCUAUUUAAACCAUGAACAAACAGAAGAUUUUAAAAACAUGAAUUCUUUCUUAUGAGUUAGAUUUGUAGAUAUUUGUUCAUAAAUAAAUAAAUAAAUAAAUAAAAAAUAGUGCUAGAUAAUACAGUAUUUCUCUGCAUGAACAUUUUGUUUAAAAUUCACACACUGGUUGUUUUCUAUGAGAGAUUUCUGAAUUUUGCACCGCCCAUUAAAAGUUACUGGCUAGUUGAAUCUUCAAACUCUUCAGAGUGCAUCAUUUUAUCUGAGACACUGGAAAGAAGAAUCAUGCUACUUGCGCCUUUUAAAAUCUUUAUUUUGAUGUGUGGAUUUUGUUCACGAUUCCACGCUAUUGAAUAUCCACGGAAUAAAACUGCCCAAACAGAAGUUCAGCGUGGCGUUGAUGUGUCUUUGCGAUGUGAGGUCUCUUUCCUGUCUGAAUCCUCAACAUUGCAGUGGGAGAAAGACGGACAACAAACAUCCAACACCACUCUACUGUACAACAACUCUGCCUACAUCAUCUUACACACCGUUGAUAAACACAAUGAGGGGAAAUAUUACUGUAGAUUGAUGGAAAAUGGAACAGUAAAAACUGUUAGGAAUUACUUGCUUACUGUCAGUUCAAAUUCAUAUAAUAAAAAUAAUACAAUUUACAGACAAAGCUCUAAUAAUAGUGACGUAUCACUGAUCUGCAAGUCUUCCAGGAAGUACGAGAGCUGGAAAUGGACCUGGGAGCCGAGGCCUGAUUCACAGAUCAUUGAUCUGAUAGCAGUUGAAAAAGGAAGUGAAGUUCAAGUAAAAGGACCAAUUAAACCAGGAAGACUUUCUUCAACCACUUACAAUGAUCAACUUUUUACCUUUCACAUCUCACCUGUGAACUUUAAUCAUAGUGGGGCAUACAGGUGUAUUACAAAUGAUCAAAAGAUUCCCUACACAACCACAAUGCUACACACCAUCAGAGUCUCAGUGGAGCCCCCUGAUGGUGUGUUGAGGACUCAGUCAGUGAUUCUUACCUGUGAAGUUUCUGAAGUGACUGAUUCAGUGACGCUGGUCUGGCUCAGGAUGGAGGGGAACAGAGGAGUUCUGGAAAAACAGCAAAUUAUGACUGAACACAAGCUACAACUCACAGUGAAUCUAUCCAGCUAUGAAACAGACCCGCUGCACUGGCAGUGUGCAGUUUUUACUGAGAAUGAACUCAGAGCUCUGGCCCCUAUAACAAUCAGUCUUUCCUCAUCAACAUUAACAAACCAAGUUAAGGCUACUGUAUCCUCUGUUUUGGCUCUGUUUACUGGGAUUCUGCUUGGAGCUCUAUUGUAUUACUAUUACAGAAAACGAAUGUCAGUGCACUCUGACCCUCAGGAGUCUGAACCAGUCUACAUCAAUAUCAGCCAAAUGAGGAAUGACAGAGUAGAGCACAGGAACACACUGGGAAACAGAGAAAAGAGUCAUGAAAUGUACCGUCAUGUCAGAUAUGAAAAAACAAACAUAAAUAAAAGAGAUGAGACACCAGUUACACCAGACAGUGUGACCUACGCAACCAUUUAUUUCAACAAAUCCAGGUUCCAGACCUAAAGAUAAUUUCCCAACACAGUCAUGAAAAACUAAGGGAGAGAGAAUUUUGUCAUUUAUUUAUAUGCCCUCAGUAUCACAGACAAGGUGUACAGUAAGCCUAGUCCUAACUAAAAUGCAUGUUUGAGCUCUUUUAACUGAAAGUAACUUGCACUGACAUAUCUUAAAAUGUCACUUCCAUUGUUUUGUCUCAAGAUGCACACCAGUAAUGUUCUGUUUGUUUUUUUGUUUUUUGUUUUGUUUUUUUAGGCACAUUUUUAAAAGCUACUUAAAUGUCCUAAUUGAGCUAAGGUCUAAUCCUGGCUCAAUCUGAUCCCUGUCUGUGAAACCAGGCCAUAUUUUUUAAUUUAUAUGAGCCUCAAACUAUUAUCUCAGUAGAACAUAUAUAGAACUUUCUAAAUUAAACAGCAGAUGGCGCUAUCUGAUUAAAUAAACUAUAAUCUGAGACUGUUUCAUGGUGCUGUGUGAGAAACACACUUAACUGCCUUCUGUAAACUACCACAAAUAAUAAUCUCACUGUCUAAAACUGUAUAAUUGCAUUUCUUAAUUAUUUUGUGUUGAGUCACAUUUUUACAAGCAUCAACUAAAUAGCCAAUUAUUAUUACGACUUAGCAUUUGUUAUAAUAUUAUAUCCGCUUUCAUAUUAGUGCAUGUACACGCUGGUGAAAUGGCCAUUUGAUGGCAAUGUUUGAAAACAUACUUGAAAUAUAAUGAUAAAAAAAAGUGUAAGUACAAAAAAGGAAAAUGCAGUUACACAUCCUCUUCUCUCUCGCUCUCUCUGUCUGUCACUUUCAUCCUCCUGGAAUCCACCCAGAACAUGCUGCUUCAAUGUACUUCAAUCUGAAAC